GAACGGCGGCACGUACGAGAAGGAGUGCAUGCACAAGCCGCCUUAUGGGUGAACCAGUAAAGGAAACCUGUUCGAGCCGAAAUACACGUCGCGAUGUUUAUGCGGGAACGUCGCUUCGAGUUCCACGGCGACCUGCCAAAGACUUCUGUGCGCACGAUCAGGGAUCAGGACGAUAACCUGUACUUCUUCUGGAAGGAGGACUUUAUAGGAGCACAUACUUUCCCAUGCAAGAUGUUUCACAAUGUCCGGCGCUCUCCGCUUUUCGUAUACCGAAGUGGGCUAGGGGGUGAAAGUGAGCUUCUGCAGGGACUCAUCGUGGACCGGGAAUCUUGCCAAAGUAUAAGGGUGAGACACGACGAAGUUUGGUGCGAUUCGCCGACUACAGGGAAACCCGAUGCGGAUUCGUGAGCUUUUCGUCCUCAUAAAGUGGGGAAUCAUUAUUUGAGCAACGUGUAUGCGGACGGGUG